AUGCUGCUGGACCUGUCGGAGGAGCACAAGGAGCAUCUGGCCUUCCUGCCGAAAGUGGACAGCGCGGUGGUCGCCGAGUUCGGGCGAAUCGCGGUGGAGUUCCUGCGGCGUGGCUCGAACCCCAAGGUCUACGAAGGAGCUGCCAGAAAACUCAGUGUGAGUAGUGACACUGUCCAACAUGGUGUGGAAGGAUUAAUAUACCUCCUUACUGAAAGUUCGAAGCUCAUGAUUUCUGAACUAGAUUUCCAAGACUCUGUUUUUGUUCUUGGAUUUCCUGAAGAAUUGAACAAAUUGUUGCUUCAGCUUUAUCUGGACAACAGAAAGGAGAUCAGAACUAUCCUGAAUGAAUUGGCACCAGACCUUCCCAGUUACCACAGCCUUGAAUGGCGACUGGAUGUACAGCUUGCGAGCAGAAGCCUGAGACAACAGAUUAAACCAUCAGUGACUAUAAAGCUCCACCUUAAUCAGAAUGGAGGUCACAACACCCACGUUCUGCAGACAGACCCAGCCUCCCUGCUGCACUUGGCUCAACAGCUGGAACAGGCCUUGGAGGAGGUGAAAACAAACCACUGCAGGAGAGUCGUGCGCAACAUCAAGUAG